AAACUUGCCUUAAAGUGUAGAUAGCGGCAGAAGACAGCAAAAAAUUAAAUUAUUUUCUGUGGGAAUGAACUCCAACGUAACGACAGGCCACUGUGAUUGGGUGUGUUGGGUCCAGAUGUGUGUGUAUGUGCCCAUUCUGGUUUUCGGAUUCCCUCUGAUUCUGGCUGCUUUGUGGCAGUUGUUCUUUCGCGUUCGACGCUGGAGCGAAUCCACGGUUUACCUCUGCAACCUGAUCAUCAACGACAGCCUGCUGAUGCUGUCCCUGCCUUUUAAAAUACAUGCCUACAAGAAGCACUGGAGCCUAGGCCAGACUUUCUGCUCCCUGCUGGAGAGCCUGCUCUAUGUCAACAUCUACGGCAGCAUCAUGUUGAGCGUGUGCAUUGCAGUCGACCGAUACAUCGCUCUACAGUUUCCAUUCGCUGCACGUCGUUUGCGAUCUCCACGCAAGGCAAUGAUCGUGUGCCUAAUCUUGUGGAUACUGGUCUUUGUAUGCAGCUUCCCCAUCUACAAACUUCACGAUAAUCCAGCAAACAAAACGGUGUAUUGCUUUGAGCAAUUCUCCAAUUCAACUUGGACGAAAAGUUGGAUUCUGGCAUCUAUGGAAACAGUGUUUUGCAGCAGCGCCUUGGUGAUGGUGUUCUGUUCCCUGCGUGUGGUGCAAAUCCUGCACAAUCUGAGGGUGCGCUACCCUGGAGAUUCCAAACUGUGCAACAACAAGAGCAUGAAGAUUGUUCUCAGCAACCUAGCCGUCUUCCUUACGUGUUUCAUUCCUUACCAUAUAGCAGCGCCCAUAUACUUCCAUGCCAAGACAGGCAAGUGGCAACAAAACACCAUUGAUCAUCUACGCUACUUUGUUCACAUAAGCAUAUGCAUUAGCAAUGUGAACAUCUUGGCAGAUGGCGCAUGUUACUAUUUCAUCCUUAAAGAGAACCUGGAGUCUGCGCAGCGAGAGAGGAGAAUGGCUAUACGCGUCAGAGAGAAACACAUAUGUGGAUCAAAGAGUUUAACGUUUGGAGAAAUACAUAGUGGUACGCCCAAAGCCACUGACAAUACGGAAUUAUGUGUGGAUACUGGUUUUACGUGAAGAGCUACAUUAAAACUCAUGGAGAGCAAAUGCAAGGAUGAUUAAUCCUACAGGAACACAAUGAAAGAAGAUGGAAGACAUGCUUGUAUAGUUGAGUAUGCAGGUGGAUGGGACGUAUGUACACACAGGAUGUGUGUUUACAUGUGAUGUAGAUGAAUUUUUGGGUACUAAACAAUAUCGCAGUAACUCUUAUGCUAUGCACUGGAAUUUUAUCACUGCUUUUAAUCUGAAAAUAUGGCAAUUUAUUUUUGGAACAUACUUGUAACAAAAAUUGAGCAGUGAAUUCACAUAACACAAAGGUAAUGUUUAGUUUAUAUGAGCCAUGAUGAUAUUAACAUUUUGCCAUUUUGGAGUAAAUUUUAUGUUUACUUAGGAGGUCAGAUCUCCCCCCUAACAGAUCAAAACAAAAAAAAUUAAUUAAAUAUUUUUUUUAUGUAUUGAAUUGUACCAUGUAAGCCUUACUCUAUUUAUUUAUUUUUGGCAUUGUGACAUUAUUGACAGUUAAGCAAAUUUUAACAUCUUAAUUAUUCUUACAUGAUGAUUCUCAUCACUCAUACAUGUCAUUUUACUCAUCUGUAAUACUGAAAAAAUACAGUUUGCUAAUUAAUAUCAAUACAUUUUUGAUGACGACAGUAAAACAAAGAAUAUAUAAAUAAGUUAUUACUGAAUCAUUAAAAUUACUGGGAAUAAUAGAAUAGAGUAUCUAAUUAUUCCAAUAGAAUAAUAAAAUAAUUUAAGUCAUUUAUACCGAUUUUAAAAAUUACAUAAUUUAUUUUCUACAAUAAUACAGAUGAAUAAACAUCGUAUUACAGUGAUAAGAAUCAUCAAUUAAGAAUUAUUUUAAAAAGUCUGAUGCAUUACAGUAGUGGCAAACUUAUUUUUUUACCUAAUGAUAAUUUUUUAUUAAUUUUUUUACCUAAUGAUUUUUUUUUUUAACACCCUUUAGGAAUGCCAAUGUUUUCAUGAUUUUUUUGGCUUCAGCAACCAUAUUCCUCUUUUCACCAGCAGAGGACGCACUUCAGGUUUUUCUAAUCGUGGUAAAGCAUGUGAGUCAACAGGAGGUUCAUAAUCACAUUAUGUGAGUUCAGUGACGGUGUUAAAACCAAUGAUUAACUUUAGCCCUAUCUUCCUGUCAAAGAAUAGAUUUAAGUUGAUGUCAAAGGUUCAAAUUCUGAAGCAUCUGUGUGAAAUGUACAUAGAAAUGUGCUUUGAGAGAGUAAAGGUUAAAUGCAGGGAGUGUCUUGUUUUACAGCAGGGAACUGCAACAUUUCAGUUUUACCAUUUCAUUUUUGAACCAGAUAAAAGUUGUUCUGCUAGCGGUGGGAAAUAUGGAAACAAAAAUGGCAGAUAUUAGGCCAAAGGGAGCGAAGAUAAAAAUCUUUGUUCUUAUUUUUUAAUAAAAAAGAUAAAAGAAUGACAAAGAUACACAUUACAACUACACAUAAUAUACAAAUAAAAGAAACAGUGCUUUAUUUUCAGGUACAAUAGGUGUUUUUAGCAGGAGCAUUCAAGAAAUUGAAUGAACAAAUAUAAAAAUAAAACACUAUAUAAACUGAUUCUUAAGGCAACUGUAUUACAUUUCUUCAGUCAAGAGCAGUGAGUGAUUUUUCUCUUUGUGUUUUGAUGUUUUAUAAACAUUAAAGGAAUAGUUCACCCCAAAAUAAAAAUUCU